AUGAAAGUUUUAGAGUUUUUAGUUAAUUCUAAGCACCACGAAGUUGUGAGACUAGGAAAACAUUUGUGUACAAGAAAAGGUAGCAGAAGGGGAAAUUCCGGCAACCGCCUAGAACUUCAAGUACUCACACAAAUCCAUCACGUACCCUAAACAGUUAAUUUUAUUCAGCAUCGUCUUCAUCGAAACAUUAAAAAUGGCCCAAAGUCCAUCUUGCGAUUCUGUUUCCAAGCACCAACAGCUUCAAAAUUAUGAAAAUUCAAGAAAAUCAACAUAUCAGGCAGUCCAAAAGUAUGACAAAAAGAACGAUUCGAAGAACGAUUCAAACAAAUACGGAGCUUGGGGUUCAACAUUCAAAAACAAAGAUCAUUUCGCCAGCAUGCAUCAUUGCUAGAACACAUAUUUAUUGAUUUGUAUAGAUAGAUUAGUUAUAGAGAAUUACAGCACGUUAUUUGUUUAAAUAAAUAGUUUAUGUGGUAAA